AUGGAGAUUCCCAAACCCAGUAAAUCGCAUACAAAGUGUGUUGUUAUCCAAAACGGUUCCCAUAGUACUAUUGCAGGCUUCAGCAAUGUUAGUCAACCUCAAUGUGUAAUUCCAUCUUCUUAUAUCUGUAAAAAGAAUAAAAUAACUAAUGACCAAGAGUAUAUUUUUGAAACUUUUAAAAUAUUAGAUGAAUGUGAAGAGAAUUUACAGAAUAACUUAAAUGAUUCAAUUGAAAAAAAUGUAUAUACAUUAUACGAUAACAAUGGCUUACCAUAUAACUGGGAAGGUAUUGCGAAACAGUGGGAGUAUAUAUACAAAGAACAGUUAAAAUGUGAUAUGACUGAAUAUCCGCUACUAGCUCUAAUGCCAGUUAUUGGUAAGGAUAAAAAAGAAUUAGAGAAACAAAUUAAAGAAGAAUAUUAUAAAUUAGCCUUCGAGAAAUUUAGGAUCCCAAUAUUAUAUUUGAUUCCAAGCCCAUUAGCUAUAGCAUUUAGUCUUGGGAAGAAAAGUGCGUUAGUUGUAGAUAUUGGUGCUAAAACAUGUCAAGUGACACCUAUUUUGGAUGGUACCAUUAUUAAGGAUGCAGUUAUGAAAUCUAAAUUUGCUGGUGAUUUUUUAGAUUACCAAAUUAUGAAAAAAUUGAACUUAAUUGAAACAAGCACUGAUGCAAAUAAUAAAAUUGACAGCUUAAAAAUCUGGCUUCAAAGUAAUACAACAAUAUUAGAUUUUAAGAGACAAUUCGUCCAAGUUACUGAUAGAAAAUUACAAGAAUACCAAAGGUAUUACGAGGAUAUGAAUACAAAUAUGAUGCUUGGCGGUACAAAUGAUACUAACAGUGGACUAAACCAAGAAAAAUAUUUUUUAUAUAGAGAUCCAGUAACUAAGAACAGGAAGACCAUAGCUUUAAAAUUAAAAGAAUGCUAUGCGCUGGGUGAACUAUUAUUUGACCCCUUACCUGGACUAAACGGAACAAAUGAACUGGAUAACAACAACAACAAUAAUAGUAAUCAUAACAAUACUAAAAAAGAUAUCGAAGGAUUGGGAAUUUUAAUGGCUAAGAGUAUAAAAAAAGCCAGUGUUGUAAAUACAUCUACUAUGGGCAUUAGCGGAAAUGAUAAAGAUGGUGUUCACUUAUCGAACAGCAAUUCAAACAAUAAUAAUUCUUCGGUUGCAUCAGCUACUAUUGUUAAGAAUAAUAUUUCUACUUUGUUGGAUAAUGUAAUAAUAACAGGCUGUACCUCAUUACUUCAAGGCGUUGAACAAAGAAUAAUAAAUGAAAUUUCAAUUGCAUUCCCACAAUAUAAAAUAACAACGUAUGCCAAUAAUAUGCUAAAUGAUCGUAGAUUUCAAAGUUGGAAUGGUGGUGUAAAUAUGUGCAAUUUACCUUCUUGGAAUUUAGGAGAAUGGAUAACAAGAGAUGAAUAUUUUGCCUCUAAGGAAACCGAAUAA